AUGUAUCAUAUUUUCGUUGGAUUUUUUUUUUAUCUCUUCCGCUUCCACAUGUUUUCGUGCUUUUCGUCACGUUUCCUUGUUUUUUUCUUGCAUUAUCGUUUUCAAUACUCUGUUCAUAUCUAUCUAUCUAUCUAUCUAUCUAUCUAUCUAUGGAUUCUUAGUUUCCUAAAUAUCAACACGUCUGAUGUUUAUCGACAUUUUCCACCAUUCUACAAAAAGGAGGCCCUCCUCACUCUUAAAGUUCUUUUCAAUGCUCUGUUCACAUCUAUGUGGAUUAUUUUUUUCAAUACUCUGUUAAUAUCUAUCUAUCUAUCUAUCUAUCUAUCUAUCUAUCUAUCUAUCUAUCUAUCUAAGUCUAUUCAGCAUCUAUCUAUCUAUCUAUCUAUCUAUCUAUCUAUCUAUCUAUCUAUCUAUCUAUCUCAGUUUAUUAAGUAUCUAUAUAUCGAUCCUUGUGGAUUUUUGAAAUCUAUAGUCUUUCAUAUAAAUAUGAUGUAUCCAUAUACACCCUUUCAUAUAGGACUCCAUAAGCCCUUACAUGGGUAUAUAUGUGAUAAUGCAUACGCUUUCAAGCUAUAUAUAGCGAUCUAUCUAUCUAUCUAUCUAUCUAUCUAUCUAUCUAUCUAUCUAUCUAUCUAUCUAUCUAUGUCUGUCUGUCUAUCUGUUUCCUACUUAUUCGUUUUCCUAUCAUUUUGUCGUAUUCCUAUCUAUCUAUCUAUCUAUCUAUCUAUCUAUCUAUCUAUCUAUCUAUCUAUCUAUCUAUCUAUCAAAAAUAUCCCUAUCUAUCUAUCUAUCUAUCUAUCUAUCUAUCUAUCUAUCUAUCCAUAUAUAUAUCAUGACUUUACAAUUAGUUUCUUUACCGAUGAUUAG